AUGGAGCCUGAAGACUUUGAUUCCGAGGACAAGGAGAUGUUAAGCUGGGAUAUUAAUGAUAUGAAACUGCCACAGAAUGUGAAAAAGACCGACUGGUUCCAGGAAUGGCCAGAUUCCUAUGAGAAGCACAUCUACAGCUCAGAGGACAGGAAUGCGCAGCGGCAUCUGAGCAGCUGGGCCAUGCGCAACACCAACAACCACAACUCACGCAUCCUCAAGAAGUCCUGUCUGGGCGUGGUGGUGUGCAGCCGGGACUGCUCCGCCGAGGAGGGGCGGAAGAUCUACCUGCGACCUGCCAUCUGUGACAAAGCCCGGCAGAAGCAGCAGAGGAAACGCUGUCCCAACUGUGACGGGCCUCUGAAGCUAAUUCCUUGCCGAGGCCAUGGGGGCUUCCCAGUCACCAACUUCUGGAGGCACGACGGACGCUUCAUAUUCUUCCAGUCAAAGGGAGAGCACGAUCAUCCAAAACCAGAAACCAAACUGGAAGCCGAGGCGAGAAGAACAAUGAAGAAAGUACACACGGCAUCUGCCUCUGUCCCCUUAAAGCUGAAGGAGAGCCCAGAGACAAAGUCUCUUCCAGGUGAAACCCAAAGUUGGGGAAGUUUACCUUUAACUUGGUCUUUCCAGGAAGGCGUUCAAUUGCCCGGUAGUUACAGUGGACGUUUAAUAGCUAACACUCCCCAGCAGAAGUCACUGAAUGAUUGCUUAUUCUUCUCCAAGAGCUAUUGCUUGGGGGGAACCACUGAUCUGGCAGACACUUCCACCUUGGGCCACACUAAGCUCUAUGAGAAAUGCAAACUGUCCAGUAGUUGGAUCUAUAAUAGUGGGGACCUGCUUCAUCCUGUUUCUGGAGUCUUCUCUGACUACGAUGAUCAGCAAACAUGGAAUAAACACACUGCUUUGGGGAGACAUUCUCUUAAUGACAAUUGUUGUCCCAGUUACCCUUUCCCUCUGACCAGCUGGCCUUACGACUUCUCCCCUUCCCAGAACUCUGCAGAACCCUUUCCCCAGCAGAUUCCAGUGGAGCCACCUGCGGCCGAAAGUAGCUGUCGCCCCUUAUGGCCAAACCCAGGGGGUGAUCUUUAUGAAGAGAAGAUGCAUGUGGAUUUUAACAGCUGCUACCCUUCUACCACAUGCCACUCACCUCAGGAAGACCCCUUUCUCCUUACCUACACCUCCCAUCCCCACCAUCAAUACUCAUUGGCAGGCAAGAGCCGCAAGUGGGAUUUUGAUGAAGAAAUGAGGGGCGUGGGUUUGGAUCACUACAACAGUGAAAUGCUUCUAAACCUCUGUCCUUUAAGAUGA